UUUUGACCUAUGGACUAUUCCGUACAGAGUUAGUGGUAUACCCAAUCUUGAUUAGCGCUGCUGCUGACCUCUUACUAAGAGUUUUAGCACAAGUUGACUUUAAGUUGUUCCCACAAUUUACAAGCAUCAGCCGUGUCUAGCUCACCUGCAUACGUGAAUUAAACAUGCUUUUUUGAAACACUCUAAUAUAUGUAUAAAAGACAUAGCAUUGCGCACGUUCGAUUGAUAUAUCUAGUGUCUUCAGCCUGCAGAAGCGCGUCUCAUGAAUGGCGAGCUCGACGCCCGCUCUGGACCAGCGGGUAGCUCCCCAUUUGUCUCACGGCCAUGUCAAUAAACCUGUGAUGGCUCUGCAAGGUGCUACCACCGCCUUUCAUGCAGGUCCUAGUACUAGAAGCAGUUCGCUUGCGGUCAACCAUAGGACCGGAGAUGCCAACAAUCGUGGUCUCGGCCCGGGCUCCCGUCCCGGCAUUGACUCUGAAGUGCCACCCGAAGUCGGUUCCGUAAAAGAAAAGAUCGGGAGGUAUACGGCACAUUCCCAUAAUAAUUUCGAGACUGUUCCCAAGAGCCCAGCAAUGUUUAGACCACAGUCCUCGCAGCAGAUCGCCGCUCGGUUUGCGGCGGAACAUUUUUCUGUACCUAAGAACACAGCAACAACCACAAGUAGUGGUUUGGUACGUGGUACAAAGGGGCCCCAGCUGAAAACCAAUAGUGGACAAGGCAUGGAAUCUUUAACUUCGGGUUCAAUUGCGAGCGCUGCAGCAAAGCCUUACCCGGCCGAGCUAUCCUCACAGGGCGACGAAUCUGGACCGGCUCGAAAUUUAUCGAUCCGUCGAAAGCCGGUGAUCCAACCUUCUCACACUCCCUCAGACUCUACGCAGCUGGACAUUGCAAAGCCCCGUCCGGUACCACCAGCACCUCGAAAAGUUCGGCCUGCUACAAAUGGCCCUGGGUCAUUCGAACCAGCUCCCAGAAGCGUACAGUCCCACGAUAUACAGGUCUCCCACGAGCCUUUAAGCUCUCGCUCCUCGGUCCACUCUAAGGGCUCACCUACUUUAUCAAAUGAGAAAGCCCCUGUAUUACCUCCGCGGCCUGUCGAGUCACCGUCCAUGCAUAAGAACGAUCAAAGCAACCAUCGAAUCCUUCUAGGAAAAAAUGUAUUUCCAAGGCGACCAUUGAGCCCGAGUGUUUCGUCGGUCUACGGCCGGCCAUAUAAUAAUAGCAGCUCCGGUUUGCUUGAUGAUUCUACUGGUUUGAGUGAAGGUGCUCUCUCAGAUGCAAUCGUUGCGUCGUCAUUGGCAUCCUCCCGAGCACCACCUUCUAGGAAAGGAACCCCGCCUCCACCCCCACAGCGUCGAGCAAGGUCGCGUUCAGUCCUACGACUGCACGCUAAUAGAAGAGAGGUUUCCCAAUCACCUAGUCCAUCCAGCCCUUUACGACACACACUUCGCAAACCGUCGAAGUCGGACGAUGAAGAUGGUAGUCAUCCCCGACAUAGAAAACAUCUCAUACGAAAGCAUCCACACAAGCAUCAUGAAGGCGAUCGGAAAAGAUGGCGGAGUGAGCUUACGGAAAAGGAGCGAAAACGCUAUGAGGGCGUGUGGGCCGCUAAUAAAGGGCUUCUCAUUCCUACAAAAGCUGAAGUAGACAGACAAUGCUCAACGCAUGAUCCCUUGCGAGAGAAAUGGCCUCCGGAUACCUCCGAGAUGGUGGUGAACAUCGUGGUUCGCGAUAUCUGGCUCCGAAGUCGCCUGCAACCCUUUGUCCUAGAGCAGAUCUGGGAUCUCGUCGAUACCCAAGGUAUCGGACUCUUAACAAGAGAGGGGUUUGUUGUUGGGAUGUGGCUGAUUGAUCAGCAAUUGAAGGGGCAUAAACUGCCUGCGAAAGUGCCGGACAGUGUUUGGGCCAGUGUGAAGCGUGUGCCGGGGAUCAGUUUACGUGACCUUGACUUCCAUUCCUGACGUGGCAGUGGGCUCCCUUCCAUAUCUUUCGUAGAGGACGAUCUGGACAUGGAGGACAGUAUUUCUAAUUCGAGGAUAGCCCUAGUAUAGUAACAACCUAAUCCGCGCUAGUUGGAUUGGACAUUCCUACGAUGGGAGUAAAGUAUGGGUAUGGCCCGCCUCGGAUUUGAUAGGUAUUUUCAGCUAAUCAGAAUAUUCAAUAAGUCGGUGUGUACUCGGAGAUAGUCGGACUGCUCCAGUAUGAUGUUUUCGGUCCAUUGGGGGGCACGGAAUGUAAU